AUGCAAUUCCUAUCCCUCCCACAGGAAAUAAUCCUCCUCAUCACCAGCAAACUAGAAGCACUAGACCUCGCUCACCUCCUCCAAACCAACAAAUUCCUUUAUCGAAUGCUACACCUCGAACUGUUCAAGAACAACAUCAAGACUACUGGCGGCCUCGCCAUAUCAUUUUACGCAUUCUGGGGCUAUGAAGAUUGUGUACAGGAUAUGCUUAACUUAGGCGCCGUAGUCGAUAUCCCCAAUCCCCGAUGGAGAAAUUAUUCUCCUCUCAGGCUUGCUCUGAGUCGACACCAUGGACCCGCGGCCCGACUCCUCAUUGACCAUGGCGCAGAUGUUAAUUUGAGUCGUUCCCCGACGCCGUUGGAACUCGCUAUUUUGAUGGCCCCGCCGGAUGAUCUGUCCAUGAUUGAGCUGUUGCUGGAUCGGGGCGCGAAGGUUAAUCUCCAAGGGUCUCGUGACCGUACAGCAUUGUUUAAGGCGGUAUUCUAUGGAAAUAUGGAGGGGGUUGCUUUGCUUCUGGCGAGGGGGGGCUGA